UUACUGUCGCAAAAUGAUUACGUAGGAGGAAGGACCGUAGCUGAUUUGCACUCCGUCUUUCCACUCCUAAAUGAUAAGCUAUUUAGCUACAUUUUCAUUUUAAGAGAAAAUGAGAGUAACAUACAUAUUGUAUGUUUUGAUAUCGAGUGUACUUGUGAAUGCGUUCGAACCAAUCUCAACCACAAUUGUCGGUGCGGGAGUAACAUUAGGCCUAGCAGCAGUGGGGAAGAAAAUGUACAAUCAUUUACAUGAAAGUUGCGAGUCAAAAUGGGUUGCUUUUAAUUCAACAGGUUUGGAAGUGGCCCUAGAUCAGAAGCUGUUUGGUCAACAUGUUGCCUCCAGAGUCAUCCAGAAAGCUGUAACGGGUUUCAUGAACAAUAAAAACCCUAAAAAGUCCCUGGUGCUCUCUCUACAUGGCUGGACUGGCACAGGGAAGAACUUAGUCAGCCAGUUGAUAGCUGAAAACAUCUACAAGGAGGGCAUGGCCAGCAGUUUCGUCCAUCAGUUUGUGUCUACAGCUCACUUCCCUCAUCUGAGUCAGAUUGAGAACUACAAGUCUCAGCUGCAGCAGUGGAUCAAAGGCAACGUCACCAACUGCCCACGUUCCAUGUUCAUCUUUGACGAGAUGGACAAGAUGCACCCUGGCCUGAUCGACUGUAUAAAGCCCUACUUGGAUUACUACGAAUAUCUGGACGGGGUCUCCUACCGCCAAGCCAUCUUCAUCUUCCUCAGCAACGCUGGAGGAGAGCACAUCACGCAGGUGGCUCUGGAAUUCCGGAAAGCAGGUCGAGACCGAGAGAAGAUCAAGCUGCAACACUUAGAACCAGCUCUCACCCUGUCCGUGUUCAACAGCAAGCAGAGUGGGUUGUGGCACACCAGUCUGAUAGACAAGAACCUAGUUGACUUCUUCAUCCCUUUCCUGCCUCUGGAGUACAGACAUGUGCUGCUGUGUGGCAUGGCAGAGAUGUCCGCCAAGGGCCUGGUGCCCGACCAGGACGUGGUUGACCAGAUGGCCAGAGAAUUGGUCUAUUUCCCCAAGAGCGAUAAGAUCUUCUCCGUCAAUGGCUGCAAGACCAUCGGCAGCAAGCUAGAUUACUACACAUAGUGCGUGUUUUGAGAUCGACUACGUUGCUGCCGGCGGCUGCAGACUGACCAAUCUAAUCAUAAUGAGUAGUAAUUUAGGAUGAAAGGUGGUUUGUCGGUCUGAUCAGUCUGUCUGCAGUUGCUGACUGUAAUGUAGACCAUCUCAGAGGGAACAGCUACUGUAUCUAUCUACCUCCUACUCUACUGUGAGCUCUUUCUUAAUGAGAACAUCUCCGCCAGUCGGGGUGAGGAAGUCAGUGACUGAACCCAGAAAGGGAAUGAUGACCUGCCCCUCAGGUCUCCCAAUGUCAAGACAACCAUGUGGAGAACAUCAAUGGUCUCUCUCUGAUGGCACUCCCUAAAGAUGAACCAAUGGACUACUGAGAGAGAGGAGAUUGAAUUGAAGGAGAUAACAACAACAAAAAUCACACAGGGAAGUGUUUAAAGUUAUCAUUUUUAUCCAAUCAAUGUGCUUGAUCCUAAUUUAUAUAUUCUGUAAAUGAGAAUCUCCAAAAACUAUAUAUUUUUUUCAGGGAAUUCUGCUGCACAUGAACUCAGUGGCAAUUGAAAACUAGUUGUAUAUUAGAAACAAAUGUGGUUUAAAGCUACAAUCUGUAAUCAUUUUUGAAAUCAAACGGCAGCCCUGCCAUUUGGUUUGCUGUUAAUCUUAGGGAUGCCAGGGCCAGAGAAGUGUAACCACUCUCUCCAAAUGAGAGGGUGCUAUGGAUGCAAGAGCUCACACAGUCCAUGAGAUCAACGUGAUAGUUAAAUUCUUCAAGAAUCAAUGUGUAAAUAUUGUUAAUUGAAAUAACAAUUGAACAGCUGUAACUUGCAGAUUGCACUUUUUUUAAUUGUCAUUAAAAAUGAAAUAUUGUGCAUUUGUGGUGCACGGGAUACCCAUAAAUUGUGUAUUUUAUAUCUGUCGUCAAUACAGACAUGGAAAUAUCCACCUUAAAACGUACAUCUAUUUUGCCUUUGUUUUUUAUCCUUACUCAUUCACCAGAAGCAUUGUGUACAUUUCAACAUCUGUUGUCAGUUUAGCUUUGUGGGUAUACAAGUAUUUAGUGUGCAGUCCACACAUUUUUUCACUUAUUUCAAGAUCGAUCCAGAUUUGUCCUAAAUCAUUUAAUUGAGUAGCCCAACAGCCCUGUGUCUGUAAAUUUAAUGUAUUUAAAAAAAAAAAAAUAAAAAAAAAAAUAUAUAUAUAUAUAUAUAUAUAUAUAUAGCUUAAUUACAAUGAAACAAUUGUUUUUUUGUACAAUUUUAUACUGUGCCUUACAGUUGGCAUGCAGUUACUGUUCUCGAUCUAAACAAUGCACAAGAAAGUAUUACAGGAAGGAAGGUUCACUAUUUUUCAGUCAAAUGUUAUGUAGUGAAAAUGUGUUUUUGUUUGACUUUUGUUUGAGUACAUGCAGUGGUGUAAAGUACUUAAGUAAAAAUACUUCAGAGUACUACCUAAGAAGUUUUCUUUGGUAUCUGUUCUUUACUAUUUGUAUUUUUGUCAUUUUUUACUUUACUACAUUCCUAAUGAAAAUUAUGUCUGAGUAUUGGAGUCUGCCCCUGGCUAUCAGUACAUUUUUCAAACAAGAAAAUGAUGCCAUCUGCUUUGCUUAAUAUAAGGAAUUUGAAAUGA